AUGGCUUUGAAGAGGUGGGCUGUUCGGCAGAUCUCUGGAUUGCUAUCCGAUUAUUUGGAGGGCAUCACAGAGCAGAACUUGCAGGCCUCCUUGAGUUUGGAAGUGGGCGAGGUAGAGAUACGGCACGUCCGUAUUCAUUCGGAACUUUUACACGACCAACGCCUUCAACUACUCAGCAGCGAUGUCAGCGUGUCAGCCAGGAUUCCUUGGCGAAAUCUGGGUUCCGAAGCAACGGUCAUCACUGUGCGAGACGUAUGGGUCGAGGUGAAGCCGGAAGAGCCUGGAAGUGUUGAGGCCAAAGAAGCGGCAGAGGAGUUGCAGAGGUGGCGUUCAAGGCGGCGAAGAAAAGUAGAGGUUCAGAUGGAAAGAGCCAGAGCUGUUGCGGACCAAGAGGAGGACAACCAGCCUCGGCGCGGCAUGGCUGCGAGGUUUGGCCAUGCAGCUUUGCGGCAGUUGCAGGUGCAGGUUGAUGGUUUGAGAGGCCGUGUGCAUCCAAAGGCACCAGCCUACCCUGUCAUGGAACUCUCGAUUCUACGGCUGGCUCUGCAUGAGGGGCAUGCAAGCCCGGAACGAUUAAAUGAAGUCCCCAAAGAAGUUCAAAGACACCCAGCUUCUUUGGACAAGAUUCUGGAGUUGGCCGGCCUUUGCGCUCAGCUUUCGAAUCCGACAGGUACUGCAGCAUCUGUGUGGCCAGCUCUUCGGUUUGUUCCUCAAGCUUGGAGAGCCACCGCUCGGUUCGCCCGUUUUGAGCCAUGCCAUUGA